GCAAAAAUUUCAAAUCAGAAAAGAAAUACUUACCGAGCACACAUUCACACUACGAUCUCGUCCCUCCUAGAGUGAUCGAUUUAUUCCAAAAAAGAAAAAAGGGAAAUUUCCCUGUGAAUAAAACAAGGCAAGAAUCCAUUUACCAUAUGGUCCGGGUUUGAAGGUCCGACAUGAAAUAACCCGGAACAUAUACUCAAUUCAGUCAACCCGUAAAAAUCCAAGCAGACACCCCACUAGCACACGAUUUGCGCAUUUAUAGGGCAGUUCUGUCCACUGGUCUUUUUAUUAUUUUUCAUUUGUAUAUCUGCACUUAUUUAUGCACUCCAAUGUAUACGUACGCAUAUACUUGAAUGUACAAAUCCUUUGUAAUAGAUAUUUACGAUUUUUGUUUAUACACUACUGUCAUUUUCUUUUUUUUUUCUUGAUCUUGUUUAGUUAAGAUUUAGGUAAAAACUCAGAGAAAAUGAACUACAACAAUGAGAGUCAUAUGUGGGAUUGGCAAAGUCAGACUUACUCUCUUGAAGAAAAUGCAAGCUUAGAAAUAACCGAAUGCCUAAUGAAUGGAAUAAAUGAAAACGAAGAUCUCUCUUACAUGUUUGAUGAUGAAACUACCCCUGUUAAGGCCUGUGGAGAUUUGGCGUAUCAAGUGACUAGUUUUGAAAUUGCAGAGGAAGACUUGGAGAAACGUGGGGAACCUCCUUCACAAGUAAAAAGGCGCCGAAUGCUACAGUUUGAGUCUGAAGUUUUGGAUACACCUCUUUACAAUGACGAGGCAUUUUUAAAGUCAAAGGAAACACCAGAGUCUCUUGAAGUGGCUUCAUCUGAAAUGUCACAGUGGGUUGGCGGAUUUACAGAUACGUAUGCACCUGGUAAUGAGUGCUUGGACCCCUCAUCCAAAGGAUGGCUUGCCGAUUGCUUUAUGGAUUCGGAGAUGCAAUAUAAUUCCGAGGACAUUUGUGUCUCAGGGGUAUCUGAUGUUCAGAUUGAUAUCACAGAGCUUUUCGACACCCCUCCUGAAUACGAAGCUAAUGCAGUCCAAAAACUUCCUGUUCGCCCUCACAAAAACAUUGUUUUCAAAGGCCGAAAAUCAUACAUGCAGACUCCUCCUAAACUAGCAUCGUCUGUCGUCUAUCCAUUUGCCUUCAUUAAACCAUGUGGCAUGCACGGAGAUGUGACUCUGAAAGACAUAAACCAGAGGAUACAUACUCCAUCAGAACCCGAGGAAAACAAUGAAGAUCGCGCAGUUUCUUAUCCAACAUCUGCUAUUUCUGGGAAGCCUGUACUUGGGAAAACUAAAAUUCGUACUGAAGGUGGAAAAGGCAGCAUUACAAUUACGAGAACCAAAGGGUAACUAUAUUGGCGCCCUGGAGAUACUACUACUCGUUUUGAGGUGCGAAGAAACCUAGUACAAAAGCUAACUUUAAAAUCAAUCUUGUUCAAUCACUUUGUUUUCUUUUAGGAUCUUGAGCUCUAGGAGAUCCUCUAAUGUCCUUGGAUUUAAAUGUACAAAGCUUGUAUGUAUUCAUUAUUUUCUUUGCUCGAACAAUUGUAAUCCCGUGUUAUAUAUUUUGUACCGUGUUGAGAGUUGAAGACUAUGAUCUCAACUACUUUAUCGAUAUCCCAAUUUUAAUUUUAA